ACUGGUCUGUCGCUAGAGGCCGAACAACCUGUUCUGUAACACUGCCAUUUACAUUUAUAAAAGUAUCUGUGGCUCUCAUUGAGUGUUUCGUUCCGUGAUAUUUUACUUGCGUAACCAAGUAACUGUUGUCUUUUACACUCGACGCGUGUGUAGAGAUGAGCAUCCUGACAAUUGGAUUUGUACUGCUUCUGUCAUCAGGAAUGUGUGAACAUUCUUCUGCACACGGCAAUGUCAUGAAUGUUUCUCGAGCUGACAAUGUCCACUUUCCAAAUAUAAAAGACGCAACUGCCAGUGUUAAACCGUUAUUAACGACUUCGGUUCACCCAGCCAACACCAAUGGAAGUGAUGGACAGCUACAUGACGCUGACUACAACGUCACAGUGGAGUAUACAGAUGUGGAUGAGGCAUUUGAAAGGUUUCUAUCGGUGAAAAGAUAUCUUGACCCCUCUAUCAUGAGCAUUAUUUUCAUUUUUGGAGCUGUUACGAAUGUUACCCUUCUUGUAAUAUUUGCUCGACAAGAAGACAUGCGAACAUGGACUAACGCAUGUAUCUUCACGAUGGCAAUUGGCGAUCUUCUAUCCGUUAUAGUCAACAUUCCACUGUUCUACGCUCUCUUAGUUUCCAAUCAUUGGACCGUUGGCGUCGCUCUUUGCAAGUUAUUGUGGUUUUUCAGUGAUUUUGCAGUUGGUUUGAGCAUAUUUGCAGUAACGAUGCUUAGUGUACAGCGUUAUUGUGGCAUUGUUAACACUAAUGUAUAUAUUUAUAAUGGCCGUCUUGCUUUAAGGGCGCGUUUAGUAUCUGGUUUCAACAUUCUUCUUAUUUGGAUUCUGUCAUUCGGUUUUGCUGUUCGAACUGCCGUCACAGCCAACGUUACGAACGAUAAAUGUUUCUCUAGUGCAGGAUCAUACGGUCCAGAAUUUUCAAGGAACAUAGCCUUGCUUAACCUCUUUGUGUUUUGUAUCAUUCCACUGUCUGUGAUUGCUGUAUUCUAUGGGCUGACUGCCUGUCAUCUGAUUGAAAGUGCACGAGAGAUGCCGGGUGAAGCAUCCGUUUCACAAAGGAAAAUAAUACAUGCUCGAAAGAAAGGAGCAAAGGUCGUACUUGCUCUCACUGCUGUGUUUUUUGUAAGUUACUUACCAUGGUAUUUAUGGCAGGUUGUGUUCUUCUGGGGAGGUUAUGGCAGCGACUAUAAGAUUACUACGUACACCUAUACUUUCUUGUAUUAUUUUUUCUUUGGAAAUUUGUGUUUCAAUCCCAUAGCACUUUACUGUGUGAGCAGUACUUUUAGAAGAUAUUUCAAUCAGUACUUGUUUUGUACUCGUAAGUUUAACACGAUACUUGAGGACGAAAACCCCCCGUCUGUAAAAGGUAAAUCCACUUUUUUUACAUCAUCAACGAACAUUACAUCGCAGUAGCCCAAUGUUUGCUUCACAAGAUAAUGGGUAUCAAAAAAUUAGAUUUUAGAUUAUCACUGCAAUGAAUACUAAAUUAAGCGCAAAUUGGGAAGAUGAAGGAGAGGAGAACAGUAAACUAGAGACAGCAAAGAGGAAUGUACAGGGUGAACCAGGACCUCUGCGACCAAUUCUGAGGAGCGAUAGAUCUCACCGAGAGAAUAUUUUUUUUUGUCAAGCAGCAAAUGUUCUAUGACACGUCGUUUAUGAGCUACACGACAUUGAAGAGAAGAGACGUAUUAGGUGGCAUUUACAAUUACGAAAUGAAUUAUUAAUUUAUUUCUUCGAGUACCUUUGCGGACAGUCUACAGAAGGUGUUCAAAGUGUCUACCCUGAAUCUGAUUACAUUAAUUACACCCUCAUAGCAGUGACUGUCGGACUCUGUCCAACAUUUGAGAUCUGUUGAAUUUGUUCAAAAGCAACGCGUUCCUCUCUGGAGUCGUACACGGCACUCUUCACAUGACCCCAAAGAAAAAUUUAGGGACAUUAAGUCGAGUGAUCGCGUUGACCACGCAAAUAAAAAACGUCCAUUCUCGAUGGAUUAUACCAAGUAAUUGCUAGCGUAGUCGACUGCCUACACCGACGAACUGUAGGGGGCGAGGAAAAGGAGUAAAUUGGUGCAACAUUGUAAACAUAAUCAUCAACAUAAACAGAUUCGAAGUGUACAUGUACCUACCCGAUAAGCUUCAGACGGGUGCAUUACUCCUAAGCGACGCGUCGAAAUUACGGGUUGCUUGACAAAAACUGAUCAUCCCUGAGAUCUAUCGCUACUCAGAGUUUGUCGCAGAGGUCCUGGUUCACUCUGUACGAGUAUAUAUAAAAAAAUGAAAGUGACUUCACACUGCAACGGCCGGAUAUUACACGAUGUGCAGUCUCGCACAGUUGUGUGUAAUAAACUCAACGACAACAGCAAAUUUUUAUUUAUUUAUAUUCAGUGCUUUACUAGAAGAUAAGUAUUUCUCUUCAUUAUAGUAUACUAAUAUUAAGUCACAUUUAUCAUAACCUAAUUUGUUAACAAAUAUGAACUUAAAUUAUGAAACACUACCUGAAUAAACUUCGACUAUUAAAAUUUUAAAUCAUAAUUACUCAAGGACGCUUCUGAGUAUCUUUCAUUAAAAUGUUCAUGGUCAGGAACUUCUGGGUUAUGAACAGUAAAAAAACAAUUACACAUAAAUUAGUUCCUUGAUUAUAUCAUUCUAAUUGGUUUUCUGAUGCCGGAAUAUUUUGUAAUUUUUUUUUUUAAAUUUCUUUAACAUAACCUGUUAUCAUCAUCUUUGUAAAUACGAGUAUAUGUUCAGUGUCCCUACCUCGACAGAUGCAUACUACACAUUUUAAUGUUAUAAAUACUUUCCACAUAAAUUCCAAAACCACAA